CCCCGCCUGAGAGUGGCACGGUGAUCAGCUUGAGCCAUGAAGGGCUGGCAGAGCGGCUGUCUCAGCCAGGCCAGGCGGCUGUGGGUCUUCCGCGGGGAGAUGGCGGGAGGCUGGGCGGCUUGCCGGCGCGCCCUGAGUUCCUGUAAUCGCUAUGGACAGCCUCCUCAAAUAGUCCAAAUACCCUUCCUUAAGAGGUGUAAAAAUCAGUUAAAAUAUCAUAUAUUUGUUAGUUUGGUUCAAGCAAGGAACACAAUGUUACUCACAGAGCGACACUGCAGCAUGUCACAAACAACAGUCGAUCCAAAGGAGAUGAAAAAAUUCCAACUCCUGGCACAUAAGUGGUGGGACGAGCGUGGAGAUUAUGCAGCUCUUCAUUCUAUGAAUGAUAUUAGAGUGCCAUUUAUUAGAGAUACUGUUUUAAAUAUGAGAAGUGAUCAUCAGCCUGGAAGCCCUCUCUCUGGUGUGAAGAUCCUGGAUGUUGGCUGCGGUGGUGGAUUGUUAACUGAGCCUCUAGGUAGACUGGGAGCUUCGGUUACUGGGAUUGAUCCUCUGGAAGACAGCAUUAGAACAGCAGAACUGCAUAAAUCAUUUGAUCCAGUCCUGGCUAAGAGAAUACAGUACAAAUCCUGUACACUGGAGGAUAUUGUGGAAGAGGCAUCAGACACAUUUGAUGUCAUUGUAGCUUCUGAAGUUGUAGAACAUGUGGCUGAUGUGGAAAUGUUCAUCAGGUGCUGCAGCAAAGUGUUAAAACCGGAAGGCUCCUUAUUUAUGACUACAAUCAACAAAUCACAGCUAUCCUAUAUCUUUGGCAUUGUGGUAGCUGAGAGAGUACUGGGCAUUGUUCCGCCAGGCACCCAUGAUUGGGAGAAGUUCAUACCACCAGAGGAGCUAGAGAGGCUCCUAGAGUCAAAUGGCUUUUUAGUCAAGACAGUGAAAGGAAUGUUGUACAACCCCCUGUUUGGGUCCUGGAGCUGGACUGAAAGCACUAGUAUUAACUAUGCACUCCAUGCUGUAAAAUCAGAUAUACAGGAAAAAGUGGAUCCAAAUCUAGAGACAGAUGAAGAGCAGCUCCAGACAAAAACUAUGGCAUCAGAACCUCCGGCUAAGACAUUAUAGCAUAAAUUACCGUAAUGAACCAGGAAGGAACAAGCAGUAUUGUGUUCACAGUGCUGGAUGUUAGAAUAUGUCUGCCAGUCUGUCUUGUGGUAAAUAAUGGUUCAUUCUUCACAGUAUCAGAUCUACAAAGCUCUCAGAGAUGAGUUAUGUUAAAUAAUGAGUCAAUUGCAUACCUACAGAUUAGGUGUGCUGUGAAAGUUAUUGGGAAAGGGGCAGUUCUUUGUGAAAGAGUUCUUAAAAUGCAUGCCUCUAAAAUUCCAGAGAAUAAUUAUUUUAAUAGACUUUAGAGUUACUGGUUUAAAAUGGUACAUUUUGUAUUUGUAAAAUAGCUGAAUUGCUUUUAUUAUCCUAGUUCAGCAGCUUGUCUAAGAAAUAAGCCCCUACUUAUUUCUUGAUUGCCUGUUAAUCUUCAGGUAUGCUGUUAUGCGUACAUGCAAUGGAACCAAGACUUAAAUCCAUGCAAGGACUAUUUCUUGACUUGUUAAGAACUGCUGUUCAAUAUGUGGGUGAACAGAGGGCUGCUUUCCACAUUUCCUAUGUGGAAAUGCAGAGCUAGGAAAUGGGGACAUCAUCAUGUGACUAUCAUGUUGGAAAUACGUCCGCUUGUGGCAAAAUACAGCCAUGCAUUCUCCAUAGCUGUAGGGACAGAUGCUAGAAUGUUUUUGUCACUUGAACUGUGCCUUGGCACAUUCUGAUCACUAGACUCCAUGGGACCUUGUUAUGGUAUCCAGACUGGAAAUUAAGGCUUGUCCAGUGAUCUAAGGAAAUGGCAGGGUAAGCUGUACUCUACUAGAUAUUGAAGUCACCUGACUUAAAGAACCUUGGAUUGGAAAAUCUGCUUUGAGAACAUAUAUCACAAACUGGGCGGGGGGGGGUAUAGUGUAAAUCUGGUCUCUUCUUUCAUGAAGGUAAUGCCAAGAAAUAAACUGGUUUUUAAAAA